UCCCGCCAUGCUUCCCUUGCUCUACCGCCAUGGCGACCCUUAGAAAGCGAGGAAUCCUCUCAGAAUUAGUUGAACCCCCCAUCACAAACCUCAGAGACGAUCUCCUCGUAGAGAUUUUGAUCCGACUUUCGAACCCAAGAUCUACCUGCCGCUGCAAACCCGUCUGCAAGCGGUGGAGCUCCAUCAUCUCCAGUCCGCACUUCAAUCGCCGCUUCAUUUCUCACCACCAGAACAAGAACGGAAGAGACCCACCUCUACUUUUUCGUUCGGAUGACCCGGAAUCGAUCAUCCUGAGCUUUCUCCCCGUGCCCGACGCAGGUCGACCGCGUUUCAUAGUCUGGGAUUCCUUCAAGGACUUGCUUUUAUGCGGGUUUCUGGAUUUUGAUCACAGUAACGAACUUGGAAGAUCGUACCUGAUAUGCAAUCCGUUUACGAAGCAAUGGAUCGCCCUUCCUUUAUCGCCUGAGAAGUCGAUGCGGUAUCUGGGAUCGGAUGCAAGUGAUUCUAAGUGUGAUCUUGAUCUAGGAGAUGGCCAAGUAUUUGUUUAUUCUGAGUAUCGCUUCCGGGUCGUGUGUAUUUAUCAGUCGAGUGAACCAAUCAUGUCUAUAAAACUAGAUGUGUUCUGUUCGGAGUCUGGAGGAUGGAUCAAGGAGGCUCUUGUGCUUGAUGGUUAUUUGAAAGUGGUAUGCCACAAUGUAGUCUCGUGCAAUGGGGAGUUGUUUUGGACGCAUGUUCACUCCCAACAUAGGCCCUUAAUUGCCGUGUUUAAUCCUUUCCACCUUGAUAUACCUCCCACUUCUAUUGAUGCUAGUGUAUUGUUCAAGAAACGGUGUAGUAUUUCAGUGUCCCAAGGUGCUUUGCACAUAACUACACUACAAGCUGAAACUGAACUUGAUUGCUCGAGGUAUGUCUUGAGUGUUUGGAGACUAGAAGAAGACCGUAAAUCCUGGAAGAGACUAUCUGAAGUGUUGUUCAACACAUCAAGGUGUAACUAUGAUCUUAAGCAUCUUGUUACAAUUAAUCUGCAUCCAGAGAACCCGGAAAUUGUCUUCUUAGAAUAUCGUACUCGUAGUGUUCAGGGGUUUUGUACCUUGUCCUGCAAUAUGAGAAGGGGAGAGCUAGAGUUAUUUGCUGAACAAGGGAAAGCUGUACUUAAUUUGAUGGUGCUCCAACCUGCGGUCUCUUGCUGGCCUACUCCGAUUCCUAGGUACGAAGAAUUGGAAGGUAGCUACGAUGGGAGCUACAACUGUUUGGUUCGGUGCAUUGAAGCCACAACUUCCUCAGGAAUUUGGUAA